CCGAAUGAGGACAUUGAACUUCCGCAACCGAUGCCCACUCACAUACAAAAUAAUGCCCACACACAUAUGUAUAUGUGUACCAUAUGUAUAUGUAUAUAAGUGUACAUGCAAGACGCUAUAAAGUUGUUAACUGCCUGUGUAACCUGUGCAAAAACGAAAGUAUGUAUGCCGUGGCAUGAAUGAAAAUUUCGAAAUCCGUAUUGGACGUUAAGUGUGGAAAGCGAGAGUGACUGGGUAUCACGGAGUAUUCCCAUAUGAAGUAGAGUUUAUUGUGUAAAUAUAGAGCGUGUUUUUGUGGGGAUUUGCUGUUCUCUAUGUAUGGGGUAUGUGUGUGAGUGCAUGAAUGUGUGAAUGUAAGUAAAAGGCAUUUGAGAGCAACAGGCUGUGGAAAAUUAUGGCCAAUAGUAAGUUAGGCAUACCUUUGGUUAUGGUUCGGUUAUGGGGUGUUGAUGCCACCCACGUGCGUUUGUUGACAAACAAAAGUGCAACACGUGCUGCCAACGACGACAAAUUGUUGCACCAACUUGCUCACUUCAAUGUAUUUGUUGGGUUGUUUUGAUAUAGACGCAUGUGUGUGGGGCGCAGGCGUCAGAUUCCCUUAAAUCUUGUGUUCACUAGCUGUCAAAAGUGACAGUGUCACCUUUUGUAUUCACAUGUAUAUGUGUGUGUGCGUAUUUUUGUAUAGGAUAUAUCGAUUUUUACAAAUCUUCAUUAUAGUUGAAUACAAAAUUGUUGAGAGCUUGUAGUGUAACAGUAAAAACUGGCAUAAUAUAAUAUAACGGCUUAAAUAUGUGGUAAUGCGUAAAUAAGAAUUUUCCGUGCAAAACACUAAUUCAUAUAAUAUAUAAAAGUGUACAAGUUGAUAAAUAAUUUAAAACGAUAACGAAUAAAUUGCAUACCUAAGGGCGUGUAGCAGCAAGGGAAUUUAGAUAGAAGCAGUUAAACUUUCCUUUUACAUAUUUUAGUGUUGUUAUCUACCCUACAAACAAAAUAAACAUUGAUUCUUCAAUAUGAUUAAAAUGCGACCAUAUGUGCCAUCAAAUCGUAUCGCCAUACGUGACUCCAUCGACGAGGAGAUCAGUGAUGAUGUGGAUGAUGACGUCUUCAUUAAAGAUGCACGCACCGCCAAGUUGAGUGAAGAAAAGGGCUUGAAGCGCCCCUUAAUGGCACCACGUCGUAAAAAUGGAAAAAUGCACAAUUCGGUGCCAAUUAUGAUGAAGCAUCGUCGUUGUUGGCGUUGCUGUGAGCCUUUUUGCUACGGUCUUGCCGCCCUAACUGUCCUUAUUGCCUUGAUAAGCCUCGCAGCGCUCAUUCUGACUAUGUUUCCCAUACCAUUGCAGCGUAUUAAAGUGUGGCUGAAACGCGAGCCCGCAGCUCCGCCGGGUAAAGCUUAUGCGGGUGGUGGCCAAUCGCAGGCAUAUGGUAGUAGUAUGCGCACUGAAUUUGUGGCCUGUACACAAAUUAGCGUGCAACGAUUGUGGUUGCGAACUUUUCCUCGCAUGAACAGCGAGAGUCCAGUACGUAAGGCCGACUUAAAUGGAGAUGACAUUGCUGAUAUCAUUUUCGGAUUCGGGGUUGAUGACAACAUCCAGUACGAGGGUUUUACGUUGCCGAAGUGCAAGUCCGCUCAAGGUGACGAAGAGGUGCCUUGUGAAGGUGGAGUGAUUGCUAUAGAUGGCGCUACCGGCAGUUUACUCUGGCAGACAUGGAGUGUGGCGAAUGUUUUCUCUCUAUUGUGUACAUUGGAUAUUGACCUUGAUGGCUAUCCAGAUUGUGUAGCCGCAGGCAGGUUGGGUAUGAUAUUUGCCAUCAAUGGUCGUAGUGGCUCUAGCAUUUGGGAGUUUCGUGAGGUCGAAGUGGAGACCAACUCGCCUAUCGUAAUGGAUCUUUACACAAUAAAUGUCAUACGUGAUUUAGAUGGUGACGAAAUCUCGGAUAUACUGGCAGCACAUCUCGAAGAGCGCGAAGAGUCCAAAGCGGGUCAUAUUAAAGUGAUUUCUGGCAAAAAGGGUAAAGUCAUACGAACCAUACCAACGCCGUUCAAAGAGGAAGUAUUUGUCCCUGUGCAGAUGCUCACUAAAGAGGAUGGCACUGAACUGCUAAUGAUCAUCACCGGUGGUCAAAAUACACCCGGUGGUAUCUAUACAAUACGCUUACUUUCCCUUAUGCAAUUUACGAGUGAAAAGGAAUUUACACCUCUGUUUCAAAAUAAGCAUUCUGGCGUGAUGGUGCCAGCAGUGGUUACCGAUAUAACGGGAGAUCACAUUCCGGAUAUUGUGGCAGCAUCUUUUAAUUCGUCGGUAUAUGCCUUCGAUGGGCGUAAUUUCAGUAUGUUGUGGAAUUACACUUUUCCGGCAAGUGAAAGCGUUAGCGCAAUUGUGCCAGGACAUUUCAAUAAUGACAAUGUGACCGAUUUUAUGGUGAAAUAUAAUACUGGACCGGGUUUUCCAGUAUAUUAUUAUUCGCAAACCACCAUUCUGGAUGGUGAAACGGGCAAACCCUUAUUAGGUGCGAUGAUGACUGAUUCCGGUGGUUCAAAUAGCUUAUUGGGUGGUGUCUCGGUAUCGCAGAAUUUUGGUGGCGACUUCUUUUUGCAUUGGCAAAUGCAAUGCAGGGAUAAGAAUAACGCGAAAGAUGCUUAUGAAUUUAUACCAGACAGUGAUAUUAUUUUACAAUCACGCGCAGACACUUGUCGUUUGCGAUACAAUACUUCGACUGUGCUGAAACUUUAUGCAAUUGCACGACACAUCGAACCACCAGGAGCAGUGAUUUUUAGCACAGAUGACAUUGAGGUGCACCUCAACCGCACACAACGUCCACAAUAUGCCAAACAGAACUCGAAGUCCCCUUUAAAGCAUCCUAAAUUGUUCAAAAAACUGUUAGCAAAUCGAGAGGAGCUGCUAAAGAAAAUCGCCAUCAGCGCUGAUUUAGAAAAGCUAGAGAAGGCAACAAAGCAUCAAAGUCAGCCACCUUAUAAGGCAAAUGCACUGAGAAAUCCGAUAUUCAAUCAGGAGAUACUGCAGGAUAUACUACCAAAUAAUGAAAUACCUGCCGAAAAUGUUUAUGAGCCCUCCAAACAAAAUAGCUAUACUAAUUACUAUGGCGGAGGUUAUGCCGCCAAUGGCAACGAACAAUUGCGUGAGGUGCACAAGGACUACGAGUCCGUGGUGGACGCGCGUUUGCCCGAAGAAUACGACACGCUCUACGCUGACAAUGAAGUGCCACAACUAGUACCGCAGAAUGCACAUCCUAUACGCUUGCGCACGAAAUAUCCCGGCAAUCGCGAUGUGCGUAGUGACAUUACAACCUUUGAAGAUGAGAAGAAUACUACGCAAACCGUACCCAGCGGGGAUGAGCCACAAAAUAACUUAGACAAGCGGGAGCCACUUAGCUUAUGGGAUCUGGAAAUGGAAAAAGAGGAGCGUGACGCGAUUAAAGAGUCACACAAAUACGAUUAUUCGACAAACCGGUAUGAUACGAACAAAAAAAGUAAACGUAGUCGUCUAAGACGUGAUGACAUUGCACAAACGGCUAUGACGGACGAUACGGACGCGACUUCUGCUAGUCCAUCAUCUAACGAUGAGUCCGAUGAAUGGUUUCUAUCCUCAAUCUCAUCUGCGGGGGUGUUGUUGAAGACGCUAAACGGGACACGUUCUUCUGUGGAUUUUGCUUUCGUAUUAAAUAUACGUGAGUCAGAGACGUAUCCCCCCCUUUUUAUGCCCCAGGAUCUCAAUUGCGUCGAAGAAAAGAUAAGUGCUUAUAAAAGUUACACAUUAGACAAUCUACGUAUACUGCGAAAGCAAUUCCUUAAGCAAUGUCUAAGCGAUCGCCUAGUGAACGUUACACCGCAUGUGCCAAAAUAUGAAUCGCAAUUAAUCGUGACACGAAUUAGCAUUACUUGUACGUGUCAUACGCUACUAAAGGGUCAGGUGUGCUCUGAGCUGGAUGAUAUACAGACGCAGCGUUGGACAGAAUACAUGGGUAACGAUGGGCACGGCUAUUAUGCCCACUAGAUGUAGGCUUAAAUAAGGAAUCAAAUUAGGUGGGGAUUUGAAAAAGAACGUCAUUUUAUGUAAAAAACACAAUAAAGGAGGCACAAAUUAAAUAUUAUUUAAUUUAAUUUUCCAAUUGCA